AUGGCGGCCGCAGCUCGAGCUUUCACUCUCUCCCGCAUCACCGACCUCUCCCUCAACUCCCGCCACCGCCAACUCCCACCUCCUCCGCUUUCCCGCCACCUCCUCGCCCGCCCCUUGCUCCCCUCCUUCCAACGCCGCCGUCGUCUCUCCUCCACGCUCCGAUGCCUCAUCUCCGGCGUCGACGGCGGCGGCGUCUCCGACGAGUUCGUCUCCACUCGGAAGUCCGGCCUCGACCGCGGAUUCUCCGUCAUCGCCAACAUGCUCAAGCGGAUUGAGCCGCUUGACAGCUCCGUCAUCUCCAAAGGCGUAUCGGAUUCCGCUAAGGACUCGAUGAAGCAGACCAUCUCUACUAUGCUGGGGCUGCUUCCGUCCGAUCAGUUCUCCGUCACCGUUAGGGUUUCCAGAGCUCCGCUCGAUCGCCUCCUCGCCUCUUCCAUCAUCACCGGGUAUACGCUGUGGAACGCGGAGUAUCGGAUAUCGUUGAUGAGGAAUUUCGACAUUUCUAUGGAGGAUUCUGUGGCUUUGGAUGGGUCAAAGAUCGAUGGGAGCUCGGAGGUGGUGGAUGGUGAGGAAAAGGAUAGUGAGAAUGGAUUUGGGGGGAGUAAUCAGUACUUGGACUCAUCUAUUCCUCAGGUUUUCGGGGAUUUGUCUCCGGAGGCUUUGAAUUACAUCCAGCGGUUGCAAUCAGAGUUGAGUAAUGUUAAGGAGGAACUGAAAGCUCAAAAGCAGGAAAAUACGCAAUUAGAAUAUGACACAGGACACAGAAAUGAUUUGUUGGAUUAUCUACGGUCCUUGGAUUCUAAUAUGGUGACAGAGCUAUCUCGGCCCUCAUCAUUAGAGGUGAAGGAGAUUAUACACCAACUUGUUCAAAAUAUAUUGCAGAGAUUCUUUAGAGAUGGAGAAUCCUCAGAAUUUGAGCAAGAUUUAGUUAAAGCGAAUAUAGAAAAUGUUCUAGAUUCUGAUGGCGAACUUUGUGAUACUGUACGGACUUCACGAGAUUAUCUAGCAAAGCUUCUUUUCUGGUGCAUGUUGUUAGGUCAUCAUUUGAGAGGCUUGGAGAACAGAUUACAUUUGAGUUGUGUUGUUGGAUUGUUGUAAAGAGAGGAAAGAUAGAAGGCUUGUAUAUUCUUCAUGUUCAUCUAGUCUGGACUCUACUACCUUAUAACAGAGAGACCUAUGUAGUAGAAUUGAAAUGUUGCAGACCACUUUCCACCAGUUCAAAAAGCGUAGCGUGAGAGUGUGAGACUAAGCACACCAAAGAUGUCAUAAGAUUGUCUAUUUUGGCAGGAAACAUUACCGGAAUUUCUGUUCAUAUAUAAAGAAAAUUCAUAAACAACAACUGGGUUGAGAUUUCUAACAAUCAUGGUCAUUAUUUAUUUUUCUUCUGUUCUUGCUUCUUUGAUACUGGAUUCAUCUUGUCUACAGCUCCUAUUCAACCUGUUGUCGGUCG